AUGUCGUUUCCUUUUGAGACGUAUGAGGAUACUUCGCGGCUAGUCCCAACGCUUCCAGCUCCAGGUCCAGCUGCUCCAGCAGUCCAGGAUGUGAGGGCCCUGGUAAAGACGUGGCUGCCACAAUCUGAGCGUUUGCGGCAAACAGAGAUUGGAAAUGAGCAGGCGGUACUUGAGAAGCGAGUACAAGUGGAGGCUCUGACCCUUCGCGCACCUGGGCACCCAGCAGACGAUCGAGGUCGAGAGGUCGAUAGAGAGCGAGCACCAGCAAGCUACAGGUAUGUACCUCCACAACCACAGCUGCUACCACAGGUGCCAGAUGCCAGAUGCCAGAUGCCAGAUGCAGCUGUACAGAAAUUGCAACGGAGGCAGACGAGACGUGCUUUGCACGUUCCAAUACCACCACCAGUUCGAGCUCGUCUACCUGGUCACGUCUCUCUCAACGGCACCGGGAAGACUCGCUGCGACUGGCAAACCCCCAAGAACGGUGUCGAUUAG